AUGCGUUUCCCUUCCACGGCGCUUCUAGCGUCGACGUUGCUCGCAAUAUCAGCAAAGGCCCGCUUUGUCAUAUACGCAGAUGAAUGGCACCCAACGCGUCCAACCAACCCACGAGAUCGAGCUGGCAUCGACCAUGUCAUCCUCGCCUUUGCCCCAGCCAACGCAACAGCUACGUUCCAGCCCAAAGUUCCCAUACACACCAUCCGCACCGAGUUCCCCAACGCAAAGGUCAUGAUUGCUGUUGGCGGCUGGGGCGAUACGGUUGGUUUCUGUCAAGCCACGAAGUCCGACGCAUCGAUGCUCGCGUUUGCCGCUGAUGUUGCUACUAUGCUUGCCAGGACUGGAGCAGAUGGAGUCGUUGACAUGCUUGGAUACACUCGAACAACCGGACCUCAGAUCUGGCCAUCCGUCGACUUUAUCAACGUGAUGAGCUACGACCUAAUGAACCGCCGAGACACAGUAACCAAACACCACAGCUCCGCCAUCGAUGCCGAAAACAGCAUAAAAGACUACCUCGCCAUGGGCGCACCCCCCUCCAAGCUCAACCUCGGCUUCGCAUACUACGCCAAAUACUUCACCACGCAAGGCGACUGCAAUGGCAGCCCCCUCAACUGCCCCAUCGUCCUUGCGGAAGAUGCCCAAGGCAAAGACACACUCACCUCUGGCGCCUGGACCUUUGAGAGAUCUCGCAUGCGCCCCGUUGAUGCCUCCUCUCUGACCGUAUCCCAAGACGGCACCUGCGGUCCAGAAAAGGGAACAAAAUGCGAAACAGGUUGUUGCUCUCAACACGGCCACUGCGGUACUUCGCCUGAACACUGCAACGGCGCCUGCCAACACGCGUUUGGAACUGGAUGUACGGACGCCGAUGUAGCAGCUUCAUGGCAGCUCGCAGCCAAAGACGGUAUUACUGACGAAGUAUCCGGCGGACAAUACUACUUCGAUGCCACAAACCGCCUCUUCUGGACAUGGGAUACGCCCGAACUCAUCACGAGGAAGUUCGACAACAUCGUCCGCAAGUACAAGCUCGGUGGCAUUAUGGCGUGGAGUCUAGGUGAAGACAGCGCGGACUGGAGUCAUAUCCGACAGAUGGCGAAGGAAGUUGCCAAAGUUGGACUUGGUUUGACGACUGCCAGCGAUUCCAACGAGCCAGUCGAUCGCGACAUGUACGACGAGCUCACUCAUUAUUGCUGUCAAAACAUUUCCCAUCCAGCGAAUACCGUGACCUACCCACCACCAUUGAUAGUUCCAAUCUCUUGGCAUACUAUUAAGGUAGAUUGCGGGGAUGGAAAAGGGUUGGUUUACUGUCCGGCACUUCAUCUGGACCACUACGAUGGCAAAGACUCGGUUCAGCCCAAGUCGAACGAGAAUGGCCUUGUUGAGAUGCAAUACACUUCGGAGCCCCUCCAAGCAAUGCCAACGGAGCCCAACCAAGCUUCACUCGAGACUCCGGAGCCUCACUACCGUGUCUUUUUGGAAUGCAUGGGUGACGAUGGUUGGCUGAUAAGCUGUCUAGAAUGGGUCACCUCGAAGGUUCUUCAUGGAACCGCAACUGAGCCCGAACCCGCCGCAUUCGAGACCCCGUCGGCGACUGACGGUGUCUUUAUGGAAUGCCUGGGUGAGCAUGGUGGCCUAACUCGCUGUCCACAAUACUACACAGACGCCGUCCUGUCCAAACAAUCCGAACUCUACACACCCGCACUGCAUACUCCGUCGCCGACUGACGCUAUCAUCAUUGAAUGCAUGGGCGAGAACGGUGGCCUGACUUGGUGUCCGCAAUCCUACACCGACGAAGCCCUAUCGAGUAUGAGUAAGUCCAAGGCAGCCGCACUCCAGACUCCGUCGCCAACACUCUUGCCGACUGACGGUGUUUUUCUUGAAUGCUUGGGUGAGGACGGUUGGUUGACAUCGUGUGGGGUAUCGGCCACGCAGGAGUUUCUAUCGAAGCUGAGAGACUACAACGCACUGCAUACUCCCUCGCCGACUCCCUCGCCGACUAGCAAUGUCCAUUUCGAAUGCACAGGCGUGCAUGGUGGCCUAACUCGCUGUCCGCAUUCCGUCAUGGACAACUUCGUAUCCAAUAAAUUUUCACUCGACGCAGCCGGACUCGAGACUCCGAGGCCAAUGCAUCAGAACCCUACUGCUGUUAUGACCGCAGCCGCUAUCGAGACUGGGUUUACUACGCAUAUCGGUAUACCGCAGGCGCCGGAGAGUGAGCUUCCUGGUGGAUCUUACGGUAUGCGCAGGGGUGAGAGGGCACAUAAGGCGUGA